AUGGUGCAUCGGCCAGUCUGGCCGGCAUUUCGCACUUAUAGUGCAAGUAGGGCCAAGGAGAACGGAAACGCUCAUUUCUCAAAAAGUAAAGGGAAUCUAGCGGUCUCACUCGAUCGGAAGGACGUGGACCUGGUCGUGGACAUGGACGUGGACGUGGACGUGGACCUGGACCUGGACGUGGACGUGGACGUGGACGUGGACAUGGACGUGGAUGUGGACGUGGACGUGGACAUGGACGUGGACGUGGACGUGGACGUGGACUGGGACGUGGACGUGGACGUGGAGUGGACGUGGAUGGACGUGGACGUGGACGUGGACGUGGACCUGGACGUGGACGUGGACGUGGACAUGGACGUGGACGUGGACAUGGACGUGGACAUGGACGUGGACGUGGACGUGGACGUGGACAUGGACGUGGACGUGGACGUGGACGUGGACGUGGACGUGGACGUGGACGUGGAUGUGGACAUGGACGUGGACAUGGACGUGGACAUAGACGUGGACAUGGACGUGGACAUGGACGUGGACGUGGACGUGGGCGUGGACGUGGACGUGGACGUGGACGUGGAGAUGGACGUGGACGUGGACGUGGACGUGGAGAUGGACGUGGACGUGGACGUGGACGUAGACAUGGACGUGGACGUGGACGUGGACAUGGAUGUGGACGUGGACGUGGACGUGGACAUGGACGUGGACGUGGACGUGGACAUGGACAUGGACGUGGACGUGGACAUGGACGUGGACGUGGACGUGGACGUGGACGUGGACGUGGACAUGGACGUGGACGUGGACGUGGACAUGGACGUGGACGUGGACGUGGACGUAGACAUGGACGUGGACGUGGACGUGGACGUGGACAUGGACGUGGACAUGGACGUGGACAUGUACGUGGACGUGGACAUGGACGUGGACAUGGACGUGGACGUGGACGUGGGCGUGGACGUGGACGUGGACGUGGAGAUGGACGUGGACGUGGACGUGGAGGACCUGGACGUGGAGAUGGAUGUUGACGUGGACGUGGUCGUGGACGUGGACAUGGACGUAGACGUGGACAUGGACGUGGACGUGGACGUGGACAUAGAUGUGGACAUGUACGUGGUUGUCGACGUGGAAGUGGACGUGGACGUGGAGAAAUUGGACGUGGACAUGGACGUGGACAUGGACGUGGACGUGGACGUGGACGAAGACAUGGUCGUGGAUAAGGACGUGGACGUGGACGUGGACGUGGACAUGGACUUAGACGUGGACGUGGACGUGGACGUGGACGUGGACGUGGUCGUGGACGUGGACGUGGUCUUGGACAUGGACGUGGACGUGGACAUGGACGUGGACGUGGACGUGGACGUAGACAUGGACGUGGACCUGGACGUGGACGAGGACGUGGACGUGGACAUGGACGUGGACAUGGACGUGGACGUGGACAUGGACGUGGACGUGGACGUGGACGUGGACCUGGUCGUGGACAUGGACGUGGACGUGGACGUGGACCUGGAUCUGGACCUGGACGUGGACGUGGACGUGGACAUGGACGUGGACGUGGACGUGGACGUGGACCUGGUCGUGGACAUGGACGUGGACGUGGACGUGGACCUGGACCUGGACCUGGACGUGGACGUGGACGUGGACGUGGACGUGGACAUGGACGUGGACGUGGACGUGGACGUGGACAUGGACGUGGACGUGGAUGUUGACGUGGACGUGGUCGUGGACGUGGACAUGGACGUAGACGUGGACAUGGACGUGGACGUGGACGUGGACAUAGAUGUGGACAUGUACGUUGUUGUCGACGUGGAAGUGGACGUGGACGUGGAGAAAUUGGACGUGGACAUGGACGUGGACAUGGACGUGGACGUGGACGUGGACGAAGACAUGGUCGUGGAUAAGGACGUGGACGUGGACGUGGACGUGGACAUGGACUUAGACGUGGACGUGGACGUGGACGUGGACGUGGACGUGGUCGUGGACGUGGACAUGGUCUUGGACAUGGACGUGGACGUGGACAUGGACGUGGACGUGGACGUGGACGUAGACAUGGACGUGGACCUGGACGUGGACGAGGACGUGGACGUGGACAUGGACGUGGACAUGGACGUGGACGUGGACAUGGACGUGGACGUGGACGUGGACGUGGACCUGGUCGUGGACAUGGACGUGGACGUGGACGUGGACCUGGAUCUGGACCUGGACGUGGACGUGGACGUGGACAUGGACGUGGACGUGGACGUGGACGUGGACCUGGUCGUGGACAUGGACGUGGACGUGGACGUGGACCUGGACCUGGACCUGGACGUGGACGUGGACGUGGACGUGGACGUGGACAUGGACGUGGACGUGGACGUGGACGUGGACAUGGACGUGGACGUGGACGUGGACGUGGACGUGGACGUGGACAUGGACGUGGACGUGGACGUGGACUGGGACGUGGACGUGGAAGUGGACGUGGAGAUGGACGUGGACGUGGACAUGGACGUAGACAUGGACGUGGACGUGGGACGUGGAGUGGACGUGGACGUGGACGUGGACGUGGACGUGGACGUGGACGUGGACGUGGACCUGGACGUGGACCUGGACGUGGACGUGGACGUGGACAUGGACGUGGACCUGGACGUGGACGUGGACGUGGACGUGGACGUGGACGUGGACGUGGACAUGGACGUGGAUGGACGUGGACGUGGACGUGGACAUGGACGUGGACGUGGACGUGGAGUGGACGUGGACGUGGACGUGGACAUGGACGUGGACGUGGACGUGGAUGUGGACAUGGAAGUGGACGUGGACGUGGACGUGGACGUGGACGUGGAGAUGGACGUGGACGUGGACGUGGCCGUGGACGUAGACGUGGACGUGGACGUGGACGUGGACGUGGAUAUGGAGGACGUGGACGUGGACAUGGACGUGGACGUGGACGUGGACGUGGACGUGGAGAACUUGGACGUGGACAUGGACGUGAACGUGGACGUGGACGUGGACGUGGAGGACUUGGACGUGGACAUGGACGUGGACGUGGAGGUGGACAUGGAUGUGGACGUGGACAUGGACGUGGACGUGGACGUGGACGUGGACAUGGACGUGGACGUGGACGUGGACGUGGACAUGGACAUGGACAUGGACGUGGACGCGGACGUGGACGUGGACAUAGACGUGGACGUGGACGUGGACGUGGACAUGGACGUGGACGUGGACAUGGUCGUGGACGUAGACGUGGACGUGGACGUGGACGUGGACAUGGACGUGGACGUCAACAAGACGUGGACGUGA